GCUCCGCUCCCAAAGAAAAAGUAGAAAACCCCCUCCUCCCUUCCUCCCCUCCCCGGAAAAACCCCACCUCCUCCUCGUGACCGUCUCGUCUCGCCGCCCCCAUCGUCUUCCUCCACCGCGCUGUGGCGGCGCCCCUCGCCAGCGAGAUCGCGGGAGAGGCAGGCGCAGCACUGGUGCUCCAAUGGCAAGGAUCAUCAGGCGCCAUGGGGGUGGGAGAAUCCUCCGCAGGUCCCGGGAGGAGAAGAGGCGCCUCAGCGAGGGAGGGGGCGGGGCUUCCCAGCAACCGCAAGGACCAGCUGAAGAUGACUACUGCCCUGUGAUUGGCUCCAAGAUUAACAUGGAUGGGAUAUCAGACCAAGAAGUUGCAAAUGCCUAUUCUUUUGUAUUCUCCUUUGAUGAGGCCCUUAGAUCAAUUAAAUUGGAGGAAGGACGUCUGUUGAUUCAUAUUGCUGACCUUUAUGAGAUGAAACGGUCACUUGAUGAUAAAAUAACAAGUUUGAAGGCUGCUGUUAAGUCAUCUCCAAGCGCUGAUAUCUUGAGAAGAAUCAAGUCCACAAGAACAAAAAACAAUGAAACGCAGGAAGAGAUUUACGCCGACAAGUCACUUCUUGCCAAGACCCGUUUGAAGCUGGUUAAGCUUGAGGUGUUGAGUUGUGAUCCAAAUUUAUUUACACUUAAUAAAGGCCAGCUUCUGCCGUACGGAUCAUCAUCCUUUUUAGGGUUCCAUUAUAUAUAUACCUCUUGUAAGCCGCCGUGCGGCGAUGUAACCUCACCUCAGAUAUAGUGAAGAUAUUUUGCUGGCUGGCGCCCGUGGUUUUUUCUCUCCUGUUUUGGGAGGGUUUUCCACGUUAAAUCUCGUGUCUUUUGUGAUUGAUCUAUUGUUUUUUAUUGUUUGUUCGCCUAUCGUUUUCUAACAUGAGGCUUGUCACAGGGCUUCUACAUUGAUAGUUUCUCAGGAUGUAGAGGCGAAGGGAGAUCCAUUACUAGGUUAUCUAGCAUAUAUUUUGAAGUGACGACAGAAAAGCCUAUAUGUUACUAGUUGUUAGAACUUUGGCGGUAACGAUACAAGACAUUUUUCGUUUUGCUUCACCAAAGUUUUAGUACACAUGAACUUUGGGGCCUAUGUUUAGAUAUGUUUUUGUCUAGUACUCUAUAGCCAGACAAUUAACUGUGGGGCAGUGGGGGCUGUGUAGAUAUGCGAUCAAGUGAAAUUGGAUGGAACUGAUGCCGAGGUUUUUGAUUGUCACUAACAUGUUUGUUUGAACU